AUGCCGCGUGUGUACGUCGGCAGAUUGAGCUAUCAUAUACGUGAGAAAGACAUCCAGAGUUUUUUUUUGUGGUUACUGGAGGUUGAUCUGAAGAAUGGGUAAAUUAAGAUGUUAACUAGCUCGCUAGCAUGGGCAAAAUGGCGACUGCAGUAGCUAGAUUGUCAGCUGUUGUUGACAUUUAGUCAACACAGUAGACCUACCGACCCGUCGUCAACAUUGCUCCGUCUUCUUGCUCAUGCACUAUCAAAUGUUGCAGGUACGGCUUCGUGGAGUACGAUGACACGCGUGACGCCGACGACGCAGUUUAUGAGCUGAACGGCAAAGACCUUUGCGGAGAACGAGUCAUCAUUGAGCACGCUCGUGGUCCACGCAGGGACCGUGAUGGAUAUGGUGGCGGAUUUAGUAAGUGUACUCUAUAACUUGUAUGUAUAACUGCAGCAACAUUACAUUAUUUACUUUUUUCUCAGGUGUGAUGAUGGGGAGUUCCAGCAGGAGGCAGUAAAGUCAUGAACACCACACUUCGCUAGCUCUUCCAACGAUACUAGAUUAUUCUAUCUGUUCCUUGUAAUUUGGAGGCCCACCUGAAAUAGUACCUCAUCUCUUUAGCCGUAUAAAUGCAAUUUCAAUCAAACACAACAUUGUUUCAAGUUGUAUGUACGGGGUACGCAUGGUAUACAUCAUCCAACGAAAUGCUUACAUUUGCAUUUGUCAUUUAGCAGAUGCUCUUGUCCAAAGUGACAUACAGUAGUGAGUGCAUGCAUUUUCCACUUACUUUAAGGUUCAUUUGAAUGUUAUAAUGUGUUUUGUAUGUAUGCAGUGUCUUGUUUGCUGAAAUUACCUCUCAAGCCAUUGCUGAUCUUUUAACCUGUGAAAAACACAAUUUGAUGCUGCUGUUGAACACAUAGGGUUUGGGUUUGGGUUGGUGAUGUUAGAUGUGGUGUUUACAUUUCAGCUGUGUUGCUUGCUUUAUGGCAUUGGUACACUCUCAAUAGUCUUUUUUAUGUGUGUGUGUAAGCAGGCCAGCUGUGAUGUAAACUAAAGGAUAUAGGAAGAUACAAUAUGUCCAUUAUACCAUCUGACUUCAACAUUAACAAAGUCCUUGAUGUUUCAAUUUGAAAGAGUCCACUGCGGGCUGAGUCCGUGUCCCUUGAGGCUAAGAUGACUGGAUAAGAUGACUGCCUGUCCCGUUUGGCCUUGGCUUUCACCUUAAUGUGUGUGUGACCUUUGACGUAUGACCUCUUGGCUGACCUUACCGGAAGCCAUGAUGACGGCAGCCUUUUGCCAAUAGACCAGGGUGAUGGUGAGGAAUCCCAUUGGUUUUUCUGUUUAAAAAAAAAACAAAUUGCAAAAGGUUAAAGCCAAAAAAACAUGUUGCCAUAUGUUAGCUAACUGUUUCACAAAAGAGCAGUUUGCAUCCAUUGUAAGUCAUAGGGUAUCUGUAGACUGGUAGAUUUCUGUUAGCUACUAUGGUAUCAGUUGGUAGUCGUAGAUACACCCCCCCUCCCUUUUUUAGUAUUAUUGUGUGGUUGAUGUGAUGUUUACCUUUUUGUAUUUUAUACAGCAAAAUAAAUGUUAAAUUGAGGUUGAUUAAUCAAAGAAAUUGGCAUUUCUGUUCUUGAGCUUGUAAGCAAAGAGCAGGAAUGCUGUCCAUUCGCUGUGACUGCUUUGAUGCUCAGAUGGACAUUGGCUGAAUGUGUUACUACCUCUGCCAAGGCAAUGUUAGACCACAUCACUCAUUAGUACAAUAAUGCUAGGGAGCUAAGUCCAAGGACCAGUUCUAGCAGACCACCUGAGUUUUCACCCCCAGUGUAGCCACUGUAGACUCCCCCACUGUGCCAUACUGACGGACGGUCUUGUCCGUGUUCAUUUAAAGGCAGUAGUGGUUACAGCAGCCGAAGCCACACUGGCUGGGAUAAGUACGGGCCACCUGUACGCACAGAGUACCGGCUUAUUGUGGACAACCUCUCCAGUCGCUGCAGCUGGCAGGACCUAAAGGUGAGCCCUGUGUGUCAAGUCUCCAUCUUUCUCUGAAAACGGGUCAGAACAACCGCAAGUUAUUUGUUUCAGGCACACUCUUGUUGUUAAUUUAUACAAUAUGUUUUUGGUUGACAGGACUUCAUGUGCCAGGCUGGUGAGGUGACAUAUGCCGACGCCCAUAAGAAGCAGCCCAACGAGGGGGUGAUUGAGUUCCUUUCCCGCUCGGACAUGAGGAGGGCCCUGGAAAAGCUGGACGGCACCGACAUCAACGGGAGAAUGAUCCGCCUGGUGGAGGACAAGCCUCGCCGCCGACGCUCCUACUCUGGCAGCUGCUCCAGGUCAGGAUAGUCCUGGGCUUACCACACAAUGCAGCCGUUGGGUCCUAAUGGCCCUCCUGUGGAAGGGGUUAUAUGUUUAAUUUGCUGUCAUUCCAGUACCAAAGCUGAUUAGUUACCCAGGCUUACAAUGUGUUUGAUCUCCCAGGUCUCGUAGCAGACGUCGCUUUCGCAGCAGGAGCCGCAGGAGGAGAAGUUCUGGCAGCCACUCCAGGUCUCCCUCACGGUAAGAAAACUGCCCUGCCAAAGAACUCUACUUCACAAGGCUGGGGUAGUUACAUAGAUUAAUACGUAGUUUAUCCCAGAUAGGAAAUGUCAUUGUAACACAGAACUAGUUUUAAUGUAUGUGUGUUUGUUCUCCACAGGUCACGCUCUCGCAGUGCACGGCGCUCACGCUCCAGGUCCAACCAGAAAUCCCAUUCCAGAUCCGGGAAGAAGUCCCUCUCCAAGUCACUCAAGUCCCGUUCCAAGUCCCGCUCACGUUCUCUCACCAGGAAGUCCCGUUCCCGUUCUCACUCCCACACUCACAAGUCUCUCAGCCACUCAGUGAGCCACAAAUCCAGCUCACGCUCCGACGCCCGCAAGUCUCGCUCCAAGAGCCAGUCAAAAGUCAAGUCUGAGCGGGGAUCCAGAAGCCACUCCAAAGAGAAGUCUGUCAGCAAGAAGUCCCAGAGUCGCUCCCCGUUCCCCUCAGAGAAUGGAAACGGAGAGCGGGCCAAGUCUGCCUCCAAGUCUCCCUCCCCACAAGAAGACCAUUACCAAUCCAAGUACCCCACCAAGCACUCAGCCUCUCGCCCUCUCUCACGCUUUAAAUCCCUCUCCGUUCGCGAUCCA